AUGCUCGCUGCGGACGGACCGGACUUUGCCGCCGACCCGAUGGCGGCAAAGGAGAUGCUUGCUCUCAUGGCCGCGGUGGCUGAACCGGAAGGUCAGGCGCGCGCUCUAGGUGGCGAAAAGUUGGUCACGAAUUUCCUGGACACCUGUGUGGCACUCGCUGCGAGCCAGGCGGGCACUCCGGAGGCGGAAGAGAUGAAGCUGCUGGUAGAGCAGAUCCGGCAGGCUAUCGCCGACGACCAGCCUGAGGUACUGACUCUGGAAAAGGUUUAUGGCAAGUGGAGCGACAAGAAGGCAGCGGGUGAGGAACUUGGUGUGGGUGAGAACCCGGUGGUGGUGCAGCACUUGCAGUUCGUGCUGGAUUACACAGAGGAGUAUGGCAAGGAGCCGCUCGCUGACGUGGCCUCGGGUCUAGGACUCGAGUUCUCGUUUGGCUGUAAGUGCUUCCAGCUGCUCUAUGAGUUGGAGCCCAACUGUGCGCCACUAAACGAGAGAAACGUGUGUCAGCUGCUCUUGACCUCGGCGGCCCGUCAGAAGAACGACUUUGCGGGCCAGUGCGCGGUCGAGGCGGCGAAUGACGCUGUGCAGUACCCGGAAAAUGCAGAGGUGUGGGCACAGGAGGCGCAGACGGCCGUGAUCGUGGCUGACGUCCUGAACCGCGGCCGCCAGAUCCGGACUGAGAACGAGACCCGCGAACAGAUGCUCGCCACAAGGUUGCAGUUAGCUGAACGGGUUGCCAUGACACGCACCUACUUCAACAACACCGAGUGCAUGAACGCCCUCGUCGGGCUGUGGGACGACUACGACGGUGGGAAAUAUUCCGUCGACUUGCUGAAGCAGGUGUUUAAGACCAUGCGGCGCAUCAUCAAUGACCACUGGGUGGCCGUGUUGCUUAAGAACAAUGUGCCGCAGCGAUUGAUCGAUGUGAUCAACGACAAACAGGCACGCGUCGACCUUCUGCCCGACGUGCUCUUUCUCCUGGCUGCACUUGCCGUAGUCCCUGAGAUCAAGACCCUUGUAGGAGAACUUAAGGGAGUGGAAGCAUGUCUGGACCUGCUCGUGCGCUCUAUGAAGAAUCCCGACCAUGCCGCGGUCAGUCCCGUGUUGACUAACGACUGUCUUGCAUUGUCAGCUAUUACGCUCGGACACGGCUCGAACCUACAGCGAUUCAUUAACACAAAAGGCGUCGAGCUCAACAUACAAGCCAUGAGCCAGACUCAAAAUAACGGAAAGCUCGACUUUGACGUGGCAAAUGCGGCAAGUCUGCUCAUGUGCAACACCUGCUUCAAGCGAGACGAAUUAAAGGAACUGUAUGGGAAACUGAAGGCUUGUGAAGCUGUUAUGAAGGCCAUCAAUCAGUACGACGGCUCGGAAGACGUGAAGGCCUUCCGUUGCAUCUCCACUAUGUUCAAGGCGAUCGGCAACCUGGCGUUAUGGACGCCGAAUGUGGACAUCUUUAUGGCCGGCAAGAUCCACCAGACGUUCGCACAUCUCUAUCAGAAGUCAGACCGGUUACCGGACAGCCUGGUGGAAAGCUCGCUGCGUACGUUGAGCAAUCUGGCGAUGGAGAACACGACGACGAACAUGGUUUCCUUUGGCAUCACGCUGCCGCCGAUUCUUUACAUGCUUAAGCAAGAGCAGCGCUGCAGCAUCCGCAUGUUUACUUUGGCUUUCGACGUGUUGGGUGCUCUCUGUCGUCACCCCGACAACUCCAAGCGCUUCCUGCAAGAAGGUGGUAUUCCCACCUGUCUGCGGAUCCUCAACUCCUACUCGGACGCCUAUAUGUACGCCAAUGGCAUCCACGUGCUCGGCAUCCAGACCACCAACCCUGCGUCCGUGCCCGAGUUGGUGCGAAAUGGUGUAUUUAACUUCCUGACCUCCGUCCUUGAAAACCAGGCGAGUGCAGAAGAGCCGAACACGGACCUCGCGGUCAGUGGUUGCCGGUGCAUCCGCAGGUUGUUAGUCUCCAAAGACAACGGGAACAAGUUCAUUUCUGCAGGUGGUGUGGUACAGGUUGUGGCUUUGAUGAAGUCCAUGCCUUCUGAGCACACCAUGGUUCACCUGGAGUGCCAUCGCACACUGAUCAACAUGCUAGCAUUGUUCCCGCCUCCCGCGCCGGUGGCGGCUCCGGCCGCCAAGAACGGGCCAGUCGACGACUGGGAAGACGAAGUCGCCGACGAAGGUGUCCUGCCCACAGUGGAAACCAUCCAAAGACCCGGAGGUCCUCGUUCGUGGGAGAGCAUCGAGAUGGAUGCGGAGUCGAUCAAGGCCGCCAUUUACGCUUGUGCCCGUCUCUUGGAGCGCGAGGAGGCGUUACGUCAGAACCGGUUGCUUAGAGGAGCCGUGGGUGUGCUGGCAUACUUCGCGUGUGAAAAGAUCCCGGGCAUCGUGGACUGUUUCUACGACGGGAACGUGACGGCCUCGCUCGCCCUGGUCUUCACUCAACAGGACGUGGACGACGAUGUGGUAAAGUCCUGUUGCUACAUCAUCAACAACGUCGCCUACGCUUCGGAGCCGGAGAAGUAUCUGCAGCUCCGCAAGGAUCGGGACAUGCGGAGGAACCUUGAUGUCGCCAAUCAGAAGCUCGGCAGCGGUGCCAAGCCUUUCUGUGAACUAACACUUAAGCUCUUGAACGAGCGGUCUGCAGACCCCUCGAGAUUCGAGAUUCAUCAGCAGUGGACGUACCCACUAGAGAUUACCCAGUGGAACAAGGACAAGUAUCCCAAUGGCGUCCAGGAUCUACCAAACGAGUGGAAGGAAGAACUCAGAGCCGGAGGCAAGCUCAAAACCAUUACCAGCGGAAAGGAAAAGGAAGUACUACAUUGGAAGUCGUCAAUGGAUCUAGAAUGCCUGCAGUGGAGAAUCGACCCCAAGGAAGGACCAUACAAACAUAGCAUCGCCAUCUCCCGCGUCUGUUCCAUUGCUCGAGGACUCAGAUCCACCACUCUUCAACACGCACACGAAAUCGGGUCACCCACAUCCAAGCCGAGAGAAGGGGAAUCCAUCGUACUCAGAGGACUCCCUUGCGAAGACUUCCCCGAUGGAGUAGAAAUCAACAUACUGUGCGGCACCAAGAGAUCAAGGGACAAAUUCUUCGAACUGAUCACGGAAUGGAGAGAAGCUGCCGCGUUUGGAUUCUAA